UUGUGAAAAUCUUGAUAGCCGUUAAAGUAGUUUUAAAAUUAAGCUAGGUUUAGAAUUACUAGACAUGUAACGUUAUUGGUAAGUGAAUUGCUCUAACUUUAUUUCUACAGUCUGCUGGCUCGCAGACGUAUUCUUAAAGCCUAAUUUGCUAUAAAUAAAUGCUAAUUUGCAGGAAAAAAUAUAUAUGGCUGGUAUUUUUUAAGUACCAGAGCAUUCCUUAUGUUAUCUCUUGUUUCAAAAUUCUCAAACAAUUUUACAAAUACUUUUAAUUUAAAAAUUGAUAAAGAUGGUAUUUAAAAACAAACUGUAGCAAGCGAAAUCGAUUUGGGGCGACUGCUACGAAUAAAUUACAGCUGGUGCACUAAAGCCUUUUCGAAUACCGAAAUUACGUACUCUCUCUGUCCUUAAUUUAGGCCACCUGGAUGAUCUUAUCUUACUAAUCAGUUAUAAGUUCAACAAAGACGUGAACUAUUAUCAUAAAUUAUUAGAAAACUGAAUUUAGUUCACGUUUUGAACAAUCUUUUUAUUGAUGAGUCUGCCAGUGGUGGAAUUUGCAGAGAUAAAGUUAGAACGAUUCUAGUUCAGUAAGUAGACAGCUGAAAAGUAACCGACCGAAUCCAAUAGCUCCGUAAGUGUUCCUCCCACGACGUCGACGACAAUAGCAGCAGCACCGGCAGUGGCGGCGGCGUCACGGCCUCGUCAUGUCGGGCACAAGUGGCGAGUGAGCGAGUGAUGGGCCUCAGAUGUUGGCCUGGACGAGCACUCUGGUCAUGAACAGGGCGGAAGAGGUACAGUUGUUCCGGAAGUCCCGCGAGGUGCAAGUGCUCCGCUCUCAGGAUGACCUGGUGCUCAGUGUGCUCAAAGCGCCCCUGCAGACCGCCGCGCCGCUCACCACUAGCGAGGAUGAUGACAACGCAGACCCUGACGACUCCGAGAGUUCUCGGCUGCAGAACGACUCCCGAGCCUCCAUAUUCUCCCAGCGCCGAAUGCCACGCUAUGGCGAAGCUCACCACAAGCGAGUGCCCACUCCGAUGAAGAAACGACGACAUCAGCGACGCCACGAGACGCCGGCGACGCCCAACUCCGAGGCAGAGGACGCUGAAGAAGAACCGCCCCAGGCGCCCGCGCCCCAAGGCGUUCCGGACCCUUACUAUCCCAUAUAUCUUCCAAUAGAUCAGGCGUUCAAGGCCAAGUACAUCUUCCACCAGAGAAGAGGCAAGACCUUCCAGGAACGCGUGUACGUGUUCCUAGAGCAUCCGGUCGGCUGGGUGUGCUUCGUCUAUCAUUUCAGUGUGUGAGUACAUUCCUCUUUUAUUUGUGUUAUUUUUAGAUUAUUUUUGCAGCAGACGAA